UGCCUCUACAGUCUACAUCAUGUUGUCAGGACCCACACCGCAGCCUUGAAGCUGUCCUUGUCUUUCGGUGCCUCUGUAAACCUUGAGCGUUUUCGCCCAAGCAUGUGCGUCUCGCCAGACCAUACACUCAAGCACGGCAACAUUCGUGUGUCCACCAUCUCGGUGCUCGGCAACCUCGUUCUUCGACCCAAGAACCCGCGGUCUCGCGCUCGGUGGAGCUGAGGGGGAUAUGGGCCUGCUUAGAGCGUUAGAAUUCUUCAGUGUCUCUCAACUGUGUGGUAUCAGCUCGCCUAAUGGGAAUUGUGCACGCUUCGUCUCUGUGCUCGAACAGCAAUCCCUCGGUCGCAUCCGGUGUGCGUAUGCCGUGCAACGAGUAACGUACUCGGUGGAAAAGGGGCUAGGCCUCGCACUCAUCGCUAUUUUGGCUUGAUCAGACUGGCUCGCUCUUGCUUUCCCCUCCUUCUGCAUCGACUGCACAAUGCCUUCUAUUGAUCUCCCUUCGAAUACUUCCAGCCGCUCUUUCGCUGCACAAACGGCUUCACCGGCACCCCAUCGCCCGAAGUGCCCUCUACCUCAAAAGCUGGGGACUGCCACGCCCGACGUUUUCUCAUAUCGCGCUCCUCGUGACCACUUCGAACAUGCCCCCAUCCCCUCGAGGCUUUUCUCGCCCUAUACAGAACAUCUUGGCCUAUCAACGGUAGCAUCUCGCUCAAUCCGGGCACUGCCGCAAUGGCCGUCUCGACUGUUUCCAUCCAGGAGGCCUACCCCCAACGCGCCUUCUACCGAGCAAGACGGCUACAGAAUCCCCUUUCAACGUUGUAUUCCAACUGAAUCCGACGCGGAACUCAAGUGCUACUCAUUCGGACCGAUCAAGUCUGCGCCAAGCACCGGUCGCGUUGGCUCCGUCGCUCAAGACACCCAUCAAGCGUCCCCGCCCAACGUACUACCGGAAACUCUGAAUGCUGCUCGCUUUCUAUCUCAAAGGCAUCCACCGCUACGCUGCAACGCGAAGCCCUUCGCUCGAGACACUGUUCCGAACCCACCCUUUGCUGCAGUCGCGCCUGCGGGUGACACCGUGCGUUCGAGUCGAAAGAGACCCAAGCUUCUGAAUCGCGUAAAGCAGGCUAUUGGAUCUGUCCUAAGGCUUCCCGCUAAUGGCGGCUCGCAUUCAAGACCAUUCAAGUCCCCGAAAGAGCUCUCCGUCAACAGAUUGCUUCCUUCCUCAACAUCCUCGUCUGCAUCCGCAGUGCCGAAUUCCCUCUUUUCACGCCUAGAUGGCAUACUUGUGCAGCGCACCGUGCAGAACGACUCCCCUCCUACGAUCGCAGCAGCAAAGUCUUCCGGCUGCGCAAAAGCUGGCAUCGUCGCAGCACGAGAGUCUGAUGGGUUACCCUGCUCACCACAGGUAGCUCAAGGUCGAUCCCCGCUGCUUGCGCGCUAUCCUUCAAUCGGGCAAGACCGAGUCUUCUCCUGCUCCCCUCUGACACCAAGUCCGCGAGAGAGAUCCGCGCUUGAGACGAGGCUGAAGGCACUUGACCGGACUGUCGAUCUGGCCGCACUCGAAGUGGAGAACUUGGGCGUCUUGCCCGUUGCUUGUAGGGACGUUCUCGGUCGGACCCUCGCUGUGCAGGAACGCUUCUUAUAUCGAAAACGAGGCGAGGUGUAUUGGUCGUUCGGGGUCGUGUAUGAACUGUGGAAACAGCUACCGGAUGACGUGCUGAGUAAGUGCGCAUUGACGCGCCUUCGAAGCCGCUUUGUGCAGGACAGCAUUUUGUCUGCAUUGUGGGACAGGAUUGGGAAUACCAGUCAUCUCGGAAUGACUAGAAGCACAGCGCUGCUGAUCGCUGUUGGAGUUACCGCCAACAGCUCACCAAAGGACUCCUUGUCUUGGGUCAAAACACUCAUCCAGCCUAUUCUCGACAUUCUUGUUUUCCAUGCCGAAAUGUCAAUUGUUUGUUUACCCUCUGUUCCUACUCCAGCUGCAAAGUCGGAUAUACUCGCCGAGCAACAAGGAGAGCGUCGUGUGCUGGAAGUUGUCUACGAGGCUACUCAGUGUGCCUCACCUUUGAAGAGACGAUCCUCAUUCACGCACGGGGGAGUAUCUACAUCGCUCGCACCACCCAACGCUCAAAGACGAAGGAUCAGCGAUUCCGCAUUCCUGGGGCGACCCUCGAUCAGCACCACAGGGCAACUCACGUUGACGCAGGAGAUUCGACUUGGGAUUCUCUGCCAGACCAUGGACGCGAGCCUUCACAUGGAGUUUGGCCAACUAUCCCGACAGUUUUGGAUGGAUAUCAUCAAUUCGCCGGAGAUCCGGGGCCCACUGGAGACCUUGGGCGAUGCUGCUAUCCGGGCCGUGCUGUUCGAUCUGCUUGUCGAGGAAGCCAACACUGCCAAGAUCAAACAGGUAGACGACUUGAUCAAGGUCAAAGCACAUAAUGCUCUUGGGCCGCUGCUUGAGAACAACACUUUCCAGCACAUCAUGAUCGAAAAAGGAUUCUACGAGCAUUCCGGAGAUCACAAGUUCUACGGAAAUGCACUCGAGAUCGUGGGGGGUUCCAUAUACGUACACGUGAGAGCUGCAAUCAAAGCCUUCGAUAGCUUUCACCGGGAACCCACGCAGGACGAGCUCAAGCGCCGGACAGAUAGGCGUGCGCGAAUGCAUCCUCGUGCGGGUGAGUUUGACCCCGAUGUCGUGGAAACACCGAAGGCAAAACGACAACGGGUUGGCGGACGUGCUAUCGAGAUACAACAGCCACAGAAGAGGAGGAGGAAUGGACCCGUUUCCGGUCGCUCGAAGAAACGGGCGGCGCAGCCCGUCGUCGCUGUCGAGAACGAAGGAUCGCUUGCUGCUGGCCGAACGCGAUCUGCGAAAGGCCGGUUUGAUGGUGUUCAGGCUGUGCGUACUCUAGACCUUAGCGUGUUCCAGGUGGUAGCUGACAUCUGUAUUAUUCCUUCAGCACCAGGCGUCCUCACCCUCGGCAUCGAUCAGGAUUCCUCGAGCGCCGAAGCCGUUGGCCAGUUUGAAUGGUGUCCCGUCGGGGCUAUUCACGUUUAG